GUGAGGAUGGCAGCCAGGAAGGCCAGCCAGCCACGAGGACAGAGGAGGAGAAAGGGGGAGGCCAAACCGCACUGCAAGUCUUCUUCUCCCUUGCACCACACCGCCGCCGCCGCUCCCCUGAAGCCGGAGCUAGAUCAUCAGGCGGGGAAGCGACACAGGAGAACCCUGCAGUGCCCGGUUGCUGCUUGAAGAACAGGUAGGCAGCAUGGCCGGAGUUCAGAUGAUGCCGGCGGCCGUGGACGUAGCGGGGCUGAGGAAGACGCGCGCGGGGGCCGCACCGUCGGGCGGCUCAUCGGUGAGCACCACCAGCUUGUUCGCGGGGGAUUACAGGAGGAGGGCUCGCCGGCCGUCCUGCUCGGUCAGGGCCCUCAGGCAGAGCCGGAGCAGGGGAGGGCUCGGCAUCGUCUGUAACCUCGGGGGGCAGUACGAUGAUACCUUCGAUGACGUCCAGCUGCAACUGAUGAACUACUUCACCUACAAAGCCGUCAGGACCGUGCUGACCCAGCUCUACGAGAUGAACCCAUCAAACUACCGUUGGUUCUACAACUUCGUUGCUGUCAACAAACCUACUGAUGGAAAGCUGUUCCUCCGGGCUCUCAGCAAGGAGAGGCAGGAGCUUGCCGAACGGGUGAUGAUAACAAGGCUUCACCUGUACGGGAAAUGGAUAAAGAAAUGUGACCAUGCGAAGAUGUACGAGAUGAUCUCCGACGAGAACCUGACGCUGAUGCGGGAGCGGCUCAUGGAGACGGUCAUCUGGCCAACCGAUGACACCAACACGGAGAAGAUCGGCUGAUGCGGAGGCGUAGAAUUCUUUUUGGUUGGUGAUUAAGCUUAGCUCCUUAGGUAUGUUGUCAGUUGUAUAUAGUUGGAGUUGUAGUAGAGAGUGUAGAUGUCUCUGGGAAGUUGUUCAGGAACAGUGUAUGCCAAUCUCAAGUGUUACAAUGCUGGUUCUCUCUCUCUCUAGUGUCUGCAGUUGAUUUCAGGGAAGCAGAAAUACUAUACGUAAUUUGCGUGAAUAAUGAAGCUUGGGUUCAUUUCA